UCCACUUUCAUAUUUGUUAUACCCAAAUUAACAAGUAUAUAUAUAAAAUUAAUUUGAAUAAAUUAUGCCUCGAUAUUUACCGAUUAAUUUGCUCAACGAUGCAUCAGAAGAAAUAGUUUAUAUUAGAAAAAAUCGUAAGCUUUUGAAUGAUUUAACAAAACGUACACAUUUUAACAUCAAUGAAAUAGAAGCAUUGGCACUUGUUCAUCGUGCAAUUAGAAAAAAAUUUGGACCAAUUGCUAGAACUACAUUUCGUGAUGUUGUACAUGCUGGUUUAGAUUAUACCGAAAAUAUACGUCAUUUAUUAGUUGACAGAGUAUUUUCAGCAAUUGAUGUAAAAAAUGUAUUACAAUUAAAUGCUGAUCAAUGGAUAGAGGGUUUAUCAAUAUUACUAUGUGGUAAUUUAAAUGAAAAAAUUAAUUUUGCCUACAAUGUUUAUGAUUUAGUGCGAACAAAUAAAAUUAAAAGAGAACAAAUAUUUCCAAUGUUACGAGGUUGUUUAAUUAAUCUUGGUCCUGAUGAAGAUCCAGAUGAUGCUGUUAGAGAUUUUAUUGAAAUUAUGAUGAAGACAAUUGAUGUUGAUCGUGAUGGUAAAAUUACUGAACAAGAUUUUACAACAGCUGUUAAACGUGAUGGAUUACUUUUAGAAUGUAUGGGACCUGUUUUUCCAUCACGUCAAGCUGCUAAUACAUUUUUAACAACAAUAACA